UCGAGAGGUCCGGGCAGAGUGCGGCCCGGCGCCUUCGCGGGCGGCGGUGUGUCGGCUUCGGCGGCGUCCUGGGCUGGGGGAGGUCCGCCCCGCCGAGUCGCGCGAUGCGGAGGUUGCAGGUAGUGCUCGGCCACCUGACGGGCAGCCCCGGGUCGCGUCGGGAGCCGGCGCCGCAGGCCGCGCCGUGCUGGAGCGGCGCUCGCCAGGCGUCGGCCGACGACGUGGUGGUGGUGCACGGGCGGCGCACCGCCAUCGGCCGAGGGGGCCGCGGCGGCUUCAAGGACACGACCCCCGACGAGCUGCUCUCGGCCGUCAUGACCGCGGUGCUCCAGGACGUCCGGCUGAGCCCCUCGCUGCUGGGGGACAUCUGCGUGGGAAAUGUGCUGCAGCCGGGGGCCGGAGCGAUCAUGGCCCGAAUCGCCCAGUUUCUGAGUGACAUCCCAGAGACUGUGCCUUUGUCCACUGUCAACAGACAGUGUUCGUCCGGGCUCCAGGCAGUGGCCAACAUAGCUGGUGGCAUCAGAAAUGGGUCUUAUGACAUUGGCAUGGCUUGUGGGGUAGAGUCCAUGUCCCUGGCCGACAGAGGGAACCCCGGGAAUAUCACGUCGCGCUUGGUGCAGAAGGAGAAGGCCAGAGACUGCCUGAUUCCUAUGGGGAUAACUUCGGAGAACGUAGCUGAGCGGUUUGGCAUUUCGCGGGAGAAGCAGGAUACCUUCGCCCUGGCUUCGCAGCAAAAGGCAGCCAGAGCCCAGAGCAAGGGCUGUUUCCGAGCUGAGAUCGUGCCUGUGACCACCACGGUCCACGAUGACAAGGGCACCGAGAGGAGCGUGACCGUGGCCCAGGAUGAGGGCAUCCGCCCCAACACCAGCAUGGAGGGCCUGGCCAAACUGAAGCCUGCCUUCAAGACGGGCGGCUCUACCACAGCCGGAAACUCUAGUCAGGUGAGCGAUGGGGCCGCCGCCCUCCUGCUGGCCCGGAGAUCCAAGGCUGAGGAGCUGGGCCUUCCCGUCCUUGGGGUCCUGAGGUCCUACGCGGUGGUGGGGGUCCCACCCGACAUCAUGGGCAUCGGACCUGCCUAUGCCAUCCCUGUAGCUUUGCAGAAAGCAGGGCUGACGGUGGAGGAUGUGGACAUCUUUGAGAUCAACGAGGCCUUUGCAAGCCAGGCCGUCUACUGCGUGGAGAAGCUAGGACUUCCCCCCGAGAAGGUGAACCCUCUGGGGGGCGCCGUGGCCUUGGGCCACCCACUGGGCUGCACUGGAGCCCGACAGGUCAUCACGCUGCUCAACGAGCUGAAGCGCCGGGGGAAGAGGGCGUACGGGGUGGUGUCCAUGUGCAUCGGCACCGGCAUGGGGGCCGCCGCGGUCUUUGAGUACCCUGGAAACUGAGCGAGGCCCCAGCCAGAGGUGGCGGCAGCAGGUCGGGACCCGGGGCUGCUCCCUGCCAGGUCGCCGAGGCCGCCGUGUCCCCUGGGGGUGAGCUGCGCCCCAGACAGUAAACACGUGGUCUUCUCGA